AUGACCGCGCCCCUCCUGGAUGUGGGAGGAGCCCGCCGUCAACCGCGCCCGCCCCCAAUGGACCCACGUGGUGGUGCUGGGGGUUUCAGAGUGGAGCCCAAACAGCGGUGGACCCGGAGGGCGAUAGCUCAGGACGCAGCUCCCCCCCGCACGACCUGUGUGUGUGUGUCUUGUCCUCAAGAGAACUCGCAAGGGGACGCGUGAGCCUCGCUUCGAGCGUGCUCGCCACCCCCCCCCCGUUGCGCGCGGCCACAGUUUGGUUUUAUUCUCCGAAACGUGGAUCAUCAUCACGCAAGGCGCACGAUGGACCUCUCUUGGUUGGAGCGGCACACGAAGCUGACUUUCGUGAACGGAUUAAACGACAGACGCCAGCUGAAGCCCCCAUCGUCGUAGAAAGCCGGACCGCCACGUUUGAUUUUACAAACGCGGACGAUACGCUUUCGGUUUGGAAGGCCGCGGCGUGCCGAAUUGACGUCGGCGGAUUUGUUGAAAUCGAAGGAGAAAAGGUUUCGGGAAGAACCGAUCACCGCAGACCGCCGCGAUUCAUCUCUGCCCGCGACAUUUGGCAUUCCGCAAGCGAGGGAAGCCCGCGAGAUGCCUGGGCGUUGGCGUGGAGCCGUACGACAUGCCCACGGAGAGGACCACCGUUGAGACGUGCACGCUUCAGAUCCGGAGCGUUGGCACCCACGCUGGUGGUGGCAGCCUUGGCUGCACGUGAUAACGGAACCGGCGUUCUGUAAUUGGCUCGUUGUACGAUCGUACACCCCCCCCCCCCCCCCGCGUGCAUGCGACAGUUUUACUGGGCCGUGGUUGUGCUCUCGAGAGUGGUGCAAAGCACAGAGGACCCACACUUGGACAUCGUAGCCAGCUGGGUACAGGUGGCAGCCCACGGCAAAACUCGAACGUAGACCCAGGCGUCUCGUGUCAGCGUGGCGUCGAGAGGAUCCGCGUAUCCAUCACCAGCGGCCGUGCUGAUUCUACUUACCCCUAACCACCUGCUGGUGCGGCAGAGGUAGCUGCUGUGAGUGGCUAAGUUAACGAUAAACUUUAAUAAUAAAAUCACUGGGGGGGGGGGGGGGGCACUGAAUAAAGUGGCUACAAACUCCAACCCGAGCUGCAGAAAAUACAGGUCCGUCUACGCCAGCUUAAAUUGUCAGACGAUUAACUUCAUGAUUCACUUUAUCUCUCAAUUGGCUUUGAACAAAAGCGGUCGAAUGCGGCGUGACAAACGGAUUUAACUGGAGGAGUUCUGAAGCUCUCUGCUGGGUCUGCCGUGCCUUGUAAAACAAAAAAAAACGUAAAUCAUAACAAGGAGCGUAAAAAUAUUUAUUUCGUAGAAUUUUUUCUUUUCUUUCAUCGAGCCUGCACGAAAGGCCACCGCCGUCGGCUUCAUGAACAGCGCCGCCGAGUGGAAGCCGGCGUCGCCACGCACGCCCGACGAGCGAUGAAGAGGCGGAGGUCGCCGCUCGGGAUGUCCCUGGCGACGGGCCACCUAGCCUGGUACGCGACGGCUCUGCCGCUGCCACUGCUGCUCCUGCUGCCGCUGCUGCUGCCGCCGGUUCGCGUCGCCUGCCAGGACCCGGCGGGCGCCGGCGUUGGCGCCGGGAGGCCCCCGGGGCGGUACGACGCGGCGGCCCUCGGCGGCCUGGGGGCGGCUCGCGCCGAGGACGACGCCUUGGAGCUGUCCUCCGGCGUUGGCGCGCGGCGCUGCGAGCCCAUCCGUGCGGCGCUCUGCCAGGGCCUGGGCUACAACGCGACUCGCGUGCCCAAUCCCCUGGGGCACGAGAGCCAGGCGGACGCGGAGCUCCAGCUGCAGACUUUCACCCCCCUGGUGCAGUACGGCUGCUCCGCGCAGCUCCAGUUCUUCCUCUGCGCCGUCCACUUCCCGCUGUGCGCCGAGGCCGUGCCGGAGCCGAUCGGGCCGUGCGCCGGCAUGUGCCGCGCGGUGCGCCGCCGCUGCGAGCCCGUGCUCGUCGACUUCCAGUACGCGUGGCCGCCGGCGCUCGCCUGCGACCGCUUCCCCACGCACAACGAGCCCGAGCACAUGUGCAUGGAGGGCCCCGCCGAGGAGGAGGACGAGGAGGGGGGCGAGCAGCGGGGCGACGCCGCCGCCGGCAAGGAUGGGACCGCGGGGGCCAAGGGGAACGGCGCCGGCAGGUCGCCCGGCGGCCUGGACUCGAGCUGCCACUCGACUGGGGGCCUGCUGCACCCCGACCGCUUCGUGUUCGUGCAGCGCUUGGGCGCGUGCGUCCCCCGCUGCGCUCCGGCCACGCCGGGUCCCCGCGCCGCCUUCCUCGAGGCGUGGAUGGGCGCGUGGGCUGCGGCGGCGCUGCUCGCGUCCGUCGCGGUCGCCGCCACCUUCCUCAUGGAGCCGGCGCGCUUCCCCUACCCGGAGCGGCCCGUGGGCUUCUUCGCGGCGAGCCACGCGGUGCACGCGGCGGCCUACGUGGCGAGGCUCGCGCUCGGCCACGAGCGGGUGGCGUGCGACGCCGCGGGGAGUGACCUCUUCAUCACGCAGGACGGCCUCAGUAACUCGGCGUGUGCGGGCCUCUUCCUCGCCAUCUUCUACUCCUCCAUGACUGGAGCAGCUUGGUGGACGAUAACAGGUCUCUCCUGGUUCCUGUCGGCGGGCCUCAAGUGGGGCCCCGAGGCCGUGGCUCAGCGAGCUGCGCUCUUCCACGCGGCGGCCUGGGCCCUGCCGGCGCUGCAGGCCGCAGGGGUGCUGGCGGCGCGCGCCGUGCGGGCCGAUGCCCUCACCGGCACCUGCCGGGUCCGCACGGACAGCCUCGGGGUCCUUGCCGGCCUGGUGUUGGCACCGCUGGCCCUGUACCUCAUCGCGGGCGCCGUCUUCAUGGGCGCCAGCAUCGUGUCGCUGACCCGCAUUCGGGCCGAGCUGCGUCGCGACGGGCGCAAGCAGGAGAAGCACGAGCGUCUCACGGGCAAGCUGAGCGCCUUCGCCGUGCUCUCGGGCGCCCUGCAGGCCGCCUGGCUUGCCUGCCUCGCCCGCGACCUGCUGCUGCCCCCGGGCGACCUCCGCUACGGCGGCGCGGAGGAGGAGGAGGAGGACGAGGAGGAGCGGGAGGAGGCGGUGGCGGCCGUGGCGCUGGCGUGCCUGCGGAUCGCGGCGUCGCUCUUGCCGGCCGUCGUCUCCGUGCUGUGGGUGUCGUCGGGCAAGACGGCGCGCGCCUGGGGGCGCUGCCUGGCGGCCGCCGCCGCCGUCCCGCAGGGCCGCGGCGGGAGGGGCCCGGCGGCGAGGGAUGGGUGGGUGAAGCCCGGCGCGGGGGAGACCGCCGUGUGAUGCCCGCCCGCCCGCCCGCCCGCCCGCUCGUCCGCCGGGAUAGUCCCGCCAGAGCGAGAGGAUGUGCCGCGGCGACCCGCUCAGUCGCCCGUCAAGCUUUGCACCGAUUCCGGACGGGACGGGUAACUCUGUUUUCCGGACUCAAGUAAUGGGGGGAAGACGCCCGCUUGCAGGGCCGUCCCGAGGGUGCGGCGAGUCGCACCGGCCGCCCCGGACCCCGCGGCCCCGUAUGGAUGGCCCGUGCCUUGCUGCCUGGAACUGCUGCCAGCGCAUGUACAGAAGUCGACCGUAAAUAAAAAAAAAAUGAGGCAUGCAACUCUUUUUCGGAAGCGACCUGGCCACGAAUGACCGCUCGACGAAGUGGCCUUAUCACGUCGAAAUUUCAUCGCAGCCAAAUACUCGAAACGCGUGGCGUCGAUUCUGCACGCGGAGGGAAACACCGGAGGACCCGGGAGAAAAAUCCACACGACCACAGGGAGAGAGACACGCAAACUCCCAAAAUGCGAUAUCGGAUAUAAAAACUCCGAUAUAAAUUAUUCCGACGAAGUUUCACCGACAGUUCCCCGAUCUUCACGGGAGUGGAAGGCGCGCUUCGUGCUCGGCGCUUGGUUCUCAGUGCUCCGUGCUCAGCGCGUGUCGUUCGCAGCGCUCGCGGCUCCGCAGGCGGAGGAGCUUCUGCGUCCAUGGAGCGUUCCGCAAAAAAACGCUCAACUCGGUGAACGUAUCAACGCCAUCAAUUAAAUCUUCAAUAGCGCUUGCAAUGGUGAGACUUUUGGGCCGGUGCUGAGCAAUGGCGAUUUAAAAUAGAAAUGAUAAUAACAGAUUCUUCCCCUCGACGGCCCACCGAUUAUGCCACCGCAACAACGCGCACCUUCCGUGAGCGUGGAUGCACUGUAAACGUUUGCCCGCUCUGCCAUCGAUUGCCCAACCGAGCCGGUGAUUCGAGACUUGUUUCGCCCCCAAGGCUUUUCCGGGCGUCCUUGAACUCGCGACCGCUGUGUCGAAAGCCAUCACGCGUGGCGCCGUUACGACGACCGUGGCUCCAGCUCUGCAGAGUGCCCCAUUAGGCCCAGCGGGGUCCACCCUUCACCCAUGGCUGAGCUGCGUAAAAUAAAAGCCACCGCGUGGGGUUUUUCGCGCUCGCACUGCGCGGAACUCUGCGACCGCGCGCUCUCAAGUUGUUGCCGCGCUUCGUUCGCCACGACGUCCCGACGUCUCGUUCCGCGUCCUGCCUGGCGGGAGCCUCUCCAGGAAGCGAACGGGGCAGCUCGCGUUAUCCCUCGUGUCCAGCAGCGGCUGGCAAUGGCUGUACCAGCACGUGGAGCGGAAACGUCGGACGUCGUGCCGAACGGCGCUCGGUACGGUCCGGAAAACCCCCCGGGAGAUGGUGAUGAAAGCGUUCGCAAUGCCACACUGUGAAUUCUCAACGUCGCGUCGAAGUAAAGCCGGCGAAAAUAAACGUUCCAGCAAAUAAA